GGUGCCGUUAUCCGCCUCUUCCCACCCUUGGAAAGAAUAAGGUAGCCCGGGCCGCUCCUUCCCCGUCCAGAUCUCGGCCCCCUAUCCCCAGUACGCGCAGCCUUCUCCGAGGCCCACUUCAGGUCCGCCACUAUCCCAGGAUUCCCGACUCCCCAUUUCCUGCCCUUCUCCCCUCCCAGCGCAGGGCGCUAAGGGAGGGAGCGGCAAGAUGGCGGACGGCGGCGGUCUGGGCGAAGGCGCGCCUGCCGCGGCUGCUCCUCCUGCGCCUGCUCCCAGCCUGAGCCCUUCGCCCGGCUGGAGGGAGCGGCUGCGGGCCGGGCUGGCGGGGACGUGGGCCUCGCUGUGGUUCGUGGUGGGGCUGGGGCUGCUUUACGCUCUGAGGGUCCCGCUGAGGCUGUGUGAGAAUUUGGCUGCGGUGACAGUAUUUUUAAAUUCAUUGACGCCCAAAUUCUAUGUGGCACUUACAGGGACAUGUUCUUUGAUAUCAGGACUAAUAUUUAUAUUUGAAUGGUGGUACUUCCAUAAACAUGGCACAUCUUUUAUUGAGCAAGUGUCUGUAAGCCAUUUGCGACCAUUGAUGAUGGGAGGAACAGAAAGAAGCAGUUCAGAGCCAGCCUCUCUUUCUAGCAACAGAGAAAGUGAAACCAGCAGACAGAAUGUGUCAGAAUGCAAGGUGUGGAGAAACCCCUUAAACCUUUUCAGAGGAGCAGAAUAUAGGAGAUUUACUUGGGUGACUGGUAAAGAACCACUUACAUACCAUGACAUGAAUUUGUCAGCUCAGGACCAUCAGACCUUUUUCACCUGCGACACGGACUUUUUACGUCCUUCAGACACAGUUAUGCAGAAGGCAUGGAGGGAAAGAAAUCCUUUAGCUCGAAUCAAAGCAGCCUACCAAGCUUUAGAAUUAAACAAUGACUGUGCCUCUGCAUAUAUUCUCCUGGCUGAGGAAGAAGCAACAACUAUUGUAGACGUUGAAAAGUUAUUUAAACAGGCACUCAAGGCAGGAGAAACGAUUUAUAGGCGGUCACAGCAGUGUCAGCACCAAAGUCCUCAGCAUGAAGCCCAACUGAAGAGAGAUACCAAUGUACUGGCAUAUAUUAAAAGAAGAUUGGCAAUGUGUGCAAGGAAAUUAGGAAGAAUAAGAGAAGCAGUAAAGAUAAUGAGAGACUUGAUGAAAGAAUUUCCUCCUCUUACCAUGUGGAACAUCCAUGAAAACCUCCUAGAAUCACUUUUAGAAUUACAGGCCUAUGCAGAUGUUCAGGCAGUCCUAGCAAAAUAUGAUGAUAUAAGCCUUCCAAAGUCAGCAGCAAUCUGUUAUACAGCAGCGCUGUUGAAGACAAGGACUGUUUCAGAUAAAUUCUCUCCAGAAACAGCCUCCAGGAGAGGGUUAAGCACAGCUGAAAUUAAUGCUGUGGAAGCAAUUCAUAGAGCUGUGGAAUUUAAUCCUCAUGUUCCAAAAUACUUACUGGAGAUGAAAAGUCUAAUUUUGCCUCCAGAGCACAUUCAGAAGCGGGGUGACAGUGAGGCAGUUGCCUAUGCCUUCUUUCACCUUCAGCACUGGAAGCGAAUUGAGGGUGCUCUUAACCUGCUGCAGUGCACGUGGGAAGGCACUUUUAGAAUGAUUCCAUACCCAUUAGAGAAAGGCCAUCUAUUUCACCCUUAUCCCAGCUGCACAGAGACUGCCGAUAAAGAGCUAUUACCUACCUUUCAUCAAGUAUCUGUUUACCCAAAAAAGGAGCUUCCUUUCUUCAUCUAUUUCACAGCAGGACUGUGUUCCUCUACAGCAGUGAUAGCUCUUUUCACACACCAGUUUCCUGAAAUCAUGGGUGUUUUUGCUAAAGCUGGAGAUCGUGACACAUCUGAGGCCCAUCCAUCGUUGAGAACCUCCACGCUGGCCUUUCAUUUGGACUCUGUGAAGGGACGGAAAAUCCACGGGCGAGACCUGAGCCUAAGCCAUUGUUGGAUGCGUUUUAAGCAAACGGCUCUUGAAGGCAGGACACCAUGGAGAAAGAGGGACGAGAGCAGCAGCUGGGGAUACAACUCAGGACCUUGACGUUAGAUCUGCUGAAAACCGUCUCUCAGGAUGACGCUUUUACCAACUGAGUACCCAGCCAGGGCAGUUAAUCUCUUUAUUCUGUGGACAACAAUCACCAACAAGAAAAGUGGUUCCACGUCUAAAGGUGAAGAAAUCAGGUCCAUUUACUUGGGAUUUAUAUUCAAAUGUAAGGCUUCAUUUUCAAGACUCAGGCUGCUACCAUAACUGGAUUAGAAUGUGUCUUUGCCAUUUACUGCAAAUUCUGAAGUGAUACUUUAAAAAGUAAUCAGCAAUAUAAACUGUGUGUCUUUAAAAGUAUGAGUAGCUCUAUGUAAGAGAUCAGAAAGACAAAAGAGCAUGAUUCCAAGAUGGUUUUGUUAAUGGCACCAAAGGCAUGUUCAAAGGAAUCCUUUUCACACACAAGCUGAAUCUAUUAAUGUUCAAAUAAUUUAGAUCCUGGAGUUCUUGAUAAACUAUAAAUAGAGCUGCCUGAACAGGAAAUAAAGCAACCGUUCUGGAUAAAAAUGAUAUCAUUACAAGGAUACCUUUUGUUCUGGAAAUUCCUUCUCACUUGCUGAUUUUAAUGUUUUACAAUUGAUAAAAUAGGAUUGCACCUCACUUAAACUGAACUUUAAUAUUUGAAAAAUGGUACAAAAUUUAACAUGGGAGUAAAAAGCGAAUAUUUUCAUGAUUUCACAAGUAUUUCUAAUAUGUUACUGAAAGUCAGUGCUCCUUCCACUUACCCAUAAACGCUAUAUUCUCAAAUCUAGCCUUUUUAAUGUGUUUAUCUAUUUAAUAAGUUUGGCUCUAGAAUCCAAAAGAAUUGGGAUUGGAUCUUGGCUCUACUACUUUCUAUCUGUGUUACCUUUAGCAAUUCCAUUACCUUCUCUGUGCUUCUGAUUCCUCAUCUGUAAAAUGAGAGCAACAAUCUACCUACAGAAUUGUUAUAAAAAUUAAAUGAGUAGUGUAAAAUGCUUCCUGUAGUGCCUGGCACAUAGUUAACACUAUUAUUUAAUAACCAAGUUUAGAAUAUAGGUUUUUCCUUUAUUUUAGACCCAAUGAUGAAACUCACCCCUGCAGAUGUAAGAUUAUGUAAAAUUGGAUCAAGGCACGAAAUCUUCAUUUAAAAAGCAAAAUAAAAUCCACCAAUUCCCAGAUAACUCCAAAGUAAUACAUCACUAAAAAUAUUUCGGGAACCUGGAUAAACCAAUAACUACCUAUUCAUUUAGCAGUCAGUCCCGAACAGCUGUGUGACAUUCUACACAAUGUGCUCAUUUAUCUCUUGCAUUACGAGUAAACAUUUCCCAUUUACCUUUUUUCUUCCUGCCUAAACUACAAGCAACUUGAAAAGCACUCCUCGUACCUACUCCUUCUUCCUGCAUCUUUUAUUUUGCCUGAUGCCCAAGACACUUCACAGAUGCUCACUUUUCAGCCUCUUUCCUGAUGUCUCAGCCUCUCCUUACUCUCAUCAUUUUUAUUAGGUAUAUUUCGCUGUUAGUAAAAUCUAUGAUUUACUUAAUAUAAUCACGUAAGGUAACAUCAAUUUAUACAUUCAGCAGUGACUGAAUAGAAUGAGCUUCAGAGAUUCCUUUUGGAGUCGGUUUGCAUCCACAGAUAUUUCUAAAAGCAAUUAUUUACAUAAGAACAGAUGAUCAUUUAUUAUUAUUUGACUCGAAUACACGAAAUUCUUUGGAAGUUUAGUACAAAUAGCUACAAGUGUGGUGCUUCUAGCUAGUGGGGUGCUUGUUGAUAGAAAGAGAAUGUGGGUAAACAGCAUGAUGUGGCUACUUCAACACUCAAAUUCCAAAGAGCCCUGUGGAAACUUCUGGUAAAAUGUGUUGAGGGUUUUUUGGUCUAUUUUUUUCUGUAUAUGUGGUUGAAAAAAGUUACAUAGACUCUGUGGACUGGGUCUACAGCUUUUUGAGGUGGGAAAAAAUGUGUAAGGGAUUCAACUAGUCCUGAACAAAUUAAUGCUCUCCAUAUAAAUUAAGGAUUUUAAGUACAAUUUUUAAUGACGCAUUAGGUCCUAACCUCUCUUAUUCAGGAGACAACAUGUCUCUUAAAAUGAGAGUUGACACCUGCCUUAUCCAGUUUUCACUAUGUGUCCCCGCCAAAUGAAAAACAAUAGAAUAGAAUGAAGAACCCAAAAGUCUGACUCCUGAAUCUAUGAUUUUAAACAGUUUAAGCCAUAACAAAUAUGUAAAAACUAAAAGUAACAGGGAUCAUCAGUAUAAUUAUUUUAAACUAACAAAUGUGAUAAAAGUCUGCAAACUAGAAGUUCAGCCUAACAUCAAAUAUACAACAUAAACAAACCAACAAAUCAAAACCUCUCUGUGUUAUCAGGGUUAGACAACCACUGCUGAAGUCAGGGAAAAUUUUCUGGACUAUGGAUGACCCACAGGGCACAUCCUUUGGAUGCUUCUGCUGAACACUCAACUUGCUAGGUACUAAGUAUGCUAAAUGACACAGGCGAGGACCUGGAGAUGUGAUUUGACUAAAGUAAGAUUCUGUCCUCUGCUCCCAAGGAGCUGAACAGUUAUUUGCCAGAUGAGUUUAAGGCCUAACAGCAGAAAUAAACAAGUUGGCUUUGCUUGGUAAAUGUUUUUGAAACAGUAUCAUUCAUGUUUAGAGGAACACCAAGUACAGUUUGUCUGGUCAGAACUUUCUAAGCUUCAGAUCUUAC